UGCGAUUUUGAUUUUAUGGUUUCCUCAGUUACUACGGGAAUGCGUGUGUGGUUGUUUUGCAUUGUUCAGACGAUGUUGCAAACAGUUGCGCAAGGAAAAAAUUCCUACAUACUGAUAUCCCCGAGUGUUGUCCGGCCUGGACGAGAUUUUACUAUUCAAGGAGAAUUGCUUGAGACGCCUGAUAGUCCUGUGACAAUCACAGCCGAACUCAGUAACAACGCAGGAGCUAUAGCCAGUUCACAAGUAACUGUUCACGGAAAAUCAAAAGUCCAGUUAGAUAUUCCGGUUCCAACCCAGAUUACCUUGGAUUCUGGUCGGUCUAGGAAAAACCUUAACCUUAAACUGUCAGGCACAGGUGGACUGUCCUUUUCAGAAACAAAAUCUGUGUCAUUUGAGUCAAAAAGUUCAUCCGUUUUCAUACAGACGGACAAAGCUAUUUAUAAACCAGGCCAAACAGUGAAUUUUCGAGUGUUUGGUGUUAACCCAGAACUGAAAGUAAUAUUUGACAAAUUGAAGGUUGAACUUUACGAUCCAAAUGGUAACAAGAUAAAUCAAUGGGACGUUAGUGGCUUUGAAAUGACACGGCUUGGGGGAGUGUAUGUCCAUCACCAGGUCAUGUCUGAACAACCGGUGCUUGGAAAGUGGACCAUUAAAGCUAAAUUGCUUUCUCAUGGGGACGACUUUGAAGAGAAAACGUUUGAAGUAGACGAAUAUGUUUUGCCAAAGUUUGAAACAGAACUAGAUUUACCUUCAUUUGGACGAACAGAUGUGGCGGAAUUCAAAGGAAAAGUUAAAGCCAAAUACACAUAUGGGAAACCAGUCAAAGGAAUGGUUGACCUCCUUAUUAGACCUAAAAACGAAAGAUUCCAGUGGAUAAACGGUUCCCGCCAAAGAGUUAGCAAAACUAUCGAAUGGAAAAUGCCUAUAACUGGUGAAGUUGAGUUCACAUUUUCAUUAUCAAAACUUAAAGAAAUCCAAAAGUUUUUGAGCGGAUCAUCGCUCAUAUUUGAAGCAAACGUGACUGAGGAUCUCACAAAAUAUAAGCGUAGUGAUAAACAAGAGAUUACUUUCUACGACCAACCAAUGAAACUGACGUUUCCUGCCUCUCUACCGGACACUUUUAAACCAGGGAUGACAUAUGACGCUGUGGUAAUUGUUGCUCAGAGGGAUGAUACCACACCAGACACUAUAAAUGGUCGAUUAAAAGUUACAAUUACUGAAUAUAGAAAGUCUAGAGACCAUGUGUUUAGAAGCCAAUCAAGAGGUUCAAGGUUGAUCAGUCGCAGAAGAUGGUGGAGACCAAGACCAUGGCCAAGAGAAAUCAGUAAGGUGUUGCCGCCGGAGUUCUAUACAAUACCUACAGAUGGCAUUGUUGUCUUCCCUAUUGACACCGACAGUCGUGCCACGAAAAUUGAAAUAAAGGCUGAAUAUAAUGGAGCAUCAAAAUCGAAAACAUUGAAAAAGAGGCAUUCGCCAAGCAACACCUACUUACAAAUGAGACUUCUUACAAGUAAACCACAGGCUUUGAGUACUGUAGACAUAGAUGUUAGAAGCACCGAAAGACCCGGUGUACUAAAUUAUCAGAUAUACUCUAGAGGAUCUAUUGUUGAAUCAGGGACAAUACCAAUGCCAACUCUUCGCAAGACAUGGUCUUUUAAAACAACUUCGGCUAUGGCACCAAGAGCAAAAAUAGUCCUAUUUUUUGUACGAUCUGAUGGCGAGGUCAUUGCCGAUGGCUUAACAAUCAAUGUUCAAGGCGUUUUCGAAAAUAAGGUCGACAUAAAUUUCAACAAAACAUCUGCGGCUCCAGCGGACAAAAUUCGCCUUGAUGUAACCGCCGAUGCUGGAUCUAAUGUGUACGUGCUUGGUGUGGACAAAAGUGUUCUACUGAUGGCCACUGGUAAUGACAUCACAGAGUCUAAGGUAAGCAACUGCAAAACAGUUGAAAGUGCCGACCUCAAUGUAAAGUCUACAUUUUAUUUGAAUAUCAAACCUCAUCUAGAAUUGCAUUAUGUAACUGUGCUAAUUAUAAAAUCAUUUAAGGUGAACGAAGAACUGCAAAGAUAUGACACAAAACCAAGUCGGUCCUCCUCAAGCUUUCCUGUAUGUAGGUUCUGUUGGAGAUGGCCUAUUCCAGUCGGAGGCGAGGAUGUUAAAGACGUAUUCCAGGAUGCUGGUGUACUUGUUUUUACUGAUGCUCUUGUCUACGAACAUCACGAACCAAGAAGAAGAGGGCCGUAUUAUCACCCAGGCAAUAAAAGGAGAAGACCCUUGACUGCUUCAAAUUAUCAUAAGAAAAAACCUUCCAAAAGUGAGAUAAUGGCGUCAGUUGGAACGUCAACUGAAUUAGACACAAAUAAUAUGACGCCUGUUCGAAAACAUUUCCCUGAAACCUGGUUAUGGUCUGCAGCAGAAAUGAUAUCUAAUGGUUCUGUGUCAAUAGAGGAGACUGUCCCUGAUACAAUCACAUCCUGGAUAGCGACAGCGUUUGCCAUCCACCCAAACACUGGUCUUGGAGUUUCUUCACCUACACCACAGCUUGAAGUAACCAUGCCCUUCUUUUUGUCUGUAAAUCUGCCUUAUUCCGUGAUAAGAGGAGAGAAAGUUCUUAUACAGGUCAACAUACAUAACUACAGUCCACAACAGCUCCAUACCUACGUCAAACUUGAGAAGAGCGCAGAAUUUGAUAACAUUGUAAUAGACGGAGUAAAUACAUCGAUUACUUCUAUUGAUGAAACAAGAACAGUUACGGUUGGCGUGGACGAAGUUGUAGCUGUGUAUUUUCCAAUUAUUCCGCGCAAGAUCGGUCUGGAGGAUAUCAAGAUUCAGGCCAAGACACCAAUUCAGUCGGAUGCAGUUCAUAAAAAACUUCUUGUCGAGGCUGAAGGUUCACCACGGGAUUACAACUUGCCAAUACUUGUCGACUUAAAGAAUACUGCAACAGUUUCUAAAAUAGUUAAUGUUGAGUAUCCACUUCGUACUGUGAGAGGGUCUGAAAGGGUUAGAGCAACUGUAAUAGGUGAUUUGAUGGGUCCAAGCAUCAAUGGUUUAGACAAGUUGUUGAAGCUUCCGACAGGGUGUGGUGAACAAAAUAUGCUGAAGUUUGCACCAAAUAUUUUCAUUGUAAAAUAUCUAGAGGCCACAAACAGUCUAGAUGAAAAUAUUCUAAAGAUGGCUAAAGACUAUAUGGAAACAGGUUAUCAAAGGGAGUUAACGUACGCUCAUUCAGACGGUUCGUUCAGUGCAUUUGGAAAAAGAGAUAAAUCUGGUAGUACUUGGUUGACAGCUUUCGUGUUGAAAUCUUUCGUUCAAGCUAAACCAUAUAUUUUUGUGGAUGAUGCUGUUAUCAACAAGGCUGUAGACUUUCUACUAAAGCAACAAAAUGCAAAUGGGACAUUUGACGAGCCUGGGCGUGUAUUACAUAAGGCUAUGCAGGGAGGAUCAACUUCUGGAAAGACAUCUCGUACGGCAUAUGUACUAAUAUCUCUUCUUGAGGCAAGGGUUGUGAAAGGGGUUGCUGACAAGAUAUCAACAGCCGAAGCCAAAGCAUUGUCCUAUCUGGAAGGAGAAGUACCGACACUGGCUGAUAUCUAUGACCUAGCAAUUGUAGGAUAUGCUCUGCAGUUAGCUAGAAGUCCACAGGCUGAUGUGGUUUGGAGGAAAUUGGAUGCGAACGCAAAAUCAGAAGCUGGGACCAAAUUCUGGCAGAAAGUUGACAAAGUCAAAACAAAUGUGAAACCAUGGGAAAAGAGAAACGGUGUAGCUGUAGAUAUCGAGUUGACAUCUUACGCCCUCCUGACAUUGGCCAACAAGAAGGACCGCAAAGAUGGUGUUCAGGUUCUAAAAUGGGUCACUGAACAAAGAAAUCCUGAUGGAGGUUUCUCCUCUACACAGGACACAAUUAUUGCAUUACAAGGUCUUGCAGAGAUGGCGGCACUUAUAUAUUCGCCCCUCCAUGAUAUAACCAUAAAUAUACAAGGAACUGGAUUUUCUGACACACUUCUCAUACACAAUACAAAUGCACAAGUCCUGCAAUCCAGGGAUCUUCCACGUGAUAUUGGUGCUGUUACAAUUACCGCGACCGGUACAGGAAUGGCACUUGUUCAGAUUGAGGUAUCAUAUAACAUUGAAAAUGACGACCAAAAACAAAGUUUCCAAUUAACCGUUUCACUACCAAGAGAAACUGCAAACGACUUUGAAGUGAUGGCUUGUGCAAGGUGGCUUGAUGAAGGUUCGAGCUCAAUGGCGGUGAUGGAAAUCGGAAGUCCUUCAGGAUUCAUUGGCGAUAUAGUUAGCGUUUAUUCCAAACCUGACCAUAAAAGAGUGGAAAUCGAAAUGCGAAAAUUAGUUUUGUAUUUUGAUGAGAUUGAUGUACAAGGUACUUGCGUUACAGUAACAAUGCACAGAACCGGGCUUGUGGCUGGUGCCCAGCCAGUGGCAGUGCGCAUUUUUGAUUACUACGAACCGACGAAACAAGUGACAGAAUUUUACGUACCAGAAGUUAUCCGAAAAUCCGAGAUCUGUGAAAUUUGCAUGAAAGACUGUAGCUUCUGUGCUGCAACACCUUAAAGGCUACUGAGGAAACAAUAAGAUUUUUUUAUGUUUCGUACUCUUUGAUGCAGUAGCUGUUACUUGUAUAUUUACAAGGCUGAUUUAAUGUUAUGCGCAUUUUUCUUUGUAUCUGUUAUAUACAUCAUACCUACAUCCUUUGCUAGGCUACAAAAUUAAACAGUUAUACAGUUACAAGUUAUUAUCACCACCACGAUGAGUUUUAAAGCUACAUUCUAAACCUUACAAAGCAAAACUACUUUUUUCAUGUGUUUAGCUUUUCUUUUAAAAACUCUCGUCAUUCUUAUUUUUAUGCUUUUUUAGUUAAUGCGUUUUGAAAUCCAAUCCAUGCAAUUAUUUGUAUAUGAUUUGGUAUUGUUAUUAAACAAUAGAUUAUGUGUAUGUAUUUAUCUCAAUCAUUAUGUUAAAUGAAACUGUAUUGUUUAUUUGCACAAUCAAACUGCACACACAUAUUACAUUGCCCUGUAUAUUUUCCCUCAAUUUCCAUGCAAAGUCGCUUGAACAAAGAGAGUCUAAUGUAUGACAUUUUAUUCAAGGUGUUAUCUAAAAAGCUAAAAAAGGGUUAAAACUAAGGAACACAACAAUGAAAAAAAUCCAGCUCGGACAGGUACAUAACUGUAUGGUCCUAAGCUGGAACCAUUACCAUGUUUGUUCCAUCGAGAUAAUAUAAUAGGAAGGACGUCGACAAAAAGGGGAAAACUACUAUUUCAGCGUCCCCGCUUGCUCUGCACUGGGUUACAAAACAAGAUUAAAAAAGAAUUAUAUUCCGGAAUGGAUAUAUGUAAUCAGGGAAAUGCGCUUAGUCAUGGAAACCUUGGAAACCUGGUCCAGUGAUUGUUGAUCAUAACCACUAUAUUGAGUAUGAUAUAUGGAGUAUAUUUUUACUUGCUAUUAGAUCGUGCUGUUAAUUUCAGGGAUAAUGAACAUUUCCUUGACGGUAGAAGUAUAUUGUUUUUUUAUAACAUCUUCCUCUUUUAUGUCCCCCUUUUUUACUUUUACUUAGCAUUCCCCCUCCCCCUUUUUACCCCAACCCCAUUAUAUAUAAGUGUUUUAUAUAAUCAAACUGUAUUUUUGAUGAUUAUUUCAAGCAUCAUUACAGUUCCGGUAUGUGUGUGACUAUGGCUGUGUUUUCUGUGCGCACUUCUUCCAUGGAAUAUACUCUUAUAUUUGUCUGUAACUAUAUUACCUGAACUAAGUGUAACUAAAGAAUUGAGAUAUUUCGAUCUAAGAAUAAGAAACAUUGAGCGUUGCCUUAUUCAAUCGUUCUCCAAAAAUCUUGGCAUAUAGUUUGGAAAAAGGGGUUGGGAAUGCACAUUUGCGCUAUUUUGUUUCUUUGAGGAAAGUAAAUACAUCAAUUGCUGAAUAUUUCAAAUUGUUGUUAUAUCUAUACUUGAUGAAGUAUUUGUAAAUAAACAUAAAGCGAUUGAUGGGAAAUGGCAUAUAACAAUUUUAAAUCUAUACAAAUGAAUAAGAAAAGAAUGCUUAGCGAUUUAUAGGCAACGCAAAAUAACCGAGAUAUUGCAGAUAUUUUUUAUUCAUAAUAGUGAGGCGUAUAGUUCAGACUAUGAAACCAAUGUUUACUUGAAUUGAUAAAGCGCCGUUUCGAACGAGCCUUCCACAUUUCGUUACCUUUCGUAACUUUUAAUAAUCCGUUGUUUGAAUAAGAUUAUUUCCUUUAUAUUGUUUAUACAUUUGUAUUACAAUUAUUGCUUAUAAAUAACUAUUUAUGCCAUAUUUCCAGAAUAAACAUGGUUAUUCCAUGACCAUUUUAUAA